AUGUCGACAAGUUUCCCUCUCUUUCCAAGCUUCCCCAAUGAGAUUCAAGAGCUCAUCUGGGACGCUGCGGUCCGUCCUGUUCCGGGUUGUCAACACGUCCAAAGAUUCAUCAUCACAGACCACUACUUGAACCAGGCAAACCCCCGAUACCCCAUUUUGGGGGACUUUAUCAGAUUUGGGCGUCAAGAAGGGCCGCGCUCUGGCUUUUCACUUGCUCUCCCAUGGCAUGAUCCGCAGGGCAACCCCAAUGAAUCUGUGUAUGCGAUGGAUAGUGGCCUGUGGACGGCCUGUGCCGCAUCGCGAGCUGCGAUGGUACGGCGAUUCAAGAAGAACGAGUGGUGGUCCGAUAUUCCACAACAAGAAUACACGACAGGAUCCUCAGAAAAGGGAGCGUAUGCUGGCCAGGAAGAUGUCUUUCACUCGGCCACCUACAAGACCCGCGAAGGGGAAAACAGACACAUCACAAUCAAUACCGAAGAUCUCAUAUAUCUGGACCCACGGCAUUUGGACUCCGUAGACUGGUUCCAUCACUAUGCUGGAGACCCUGUUCCUCUCCUCGAUUAUUGUGGAGAAGAUGGCAACAGGACGAGCCCCAGCUUCCUCGGGCUCAACAUUGCCAUCGACUUUGAUCCCAGGAUGAUGGACAUGCUCGCCAAUCGGCCAGUUCACUACUGUCGGGGAGACUUGGGCAUGUAUUCUAUGUCUAUAGUCGACAUGGUUGAUGUUCUGCACGAGUCUGCUGGAAGGACGCUUUGGUUUAUCGAUCACCGGCUUCGACGACGAUCAGCCGAGGGUGUAGGCUCAACUUCAGACAUGCACUCUGAAGAACCAGAAGCAGAGGUUCCGCGGUCAGCAUCGACUCCAGAUGCCAACCGGCAAAUCUUCCACGCCGGCGGCUACAUCUUGGUCGAGGUUCGAAGAGAAGACAUGGGACUGUGGACCAUUGAAGCAAAAGGCCUAGAACCCAGCAGCAAUCACUGCACUGUCUUCGACUUUUUCGAUGUUUUGUUUCAGACGGGAUAUGGGAGACUGGACAUCCAAAAUUCAACUCGAAUGCGGGUGUUGGCAUAUCAAGGUACCUCGAAUGAAGCUCCAAGACGGCGAGGGCCAUAUGAAAUCACCCCUGACCCUUCAUGCCUGACAUGCUAUCCAAAGGAGGAGACCCGCCGGGUCCGUCCAGUCAAGCCAUCGACGAGUGAGGAUUCUGACGAUGAUAUAUCACUGAGUGACUUGAAACUCUUUGAGUCAGAAUAA